AUAAAUAAACUCAUUUAAUAAAAAUUGAUGAUAAGAUGUUGCAUUGAAUCUUCAAAUCAACUAAAUCAGGAUCAUAAACAAAAAACUGUUUGCUGUUGCACCAAAAUUGAUUGUCAUCAUUGGUAUACGUACAAAGCCACCUGUUACAUUCAACUAAUCGAGAAAUUUCGUUUCCUUUAUAACAUUAUCUCAACGAAACCCACGAGUAAACGUUUGUAACUACUAUUUACUGCAUUUAAUCCGGUGCAUAGGAAUUUGAAGAAAGUAAACACUUGAAACGUCUUCACAAGACAUGCAUUGAAUCAGAAACGUGUGAUACACUACACGAAUAAUAAAUCACAAAAACCGAAACAUCGAACUGUGCUGUGUCGAAACAACAAGCAAUUAACGUGAUACCUCCGACGAGAAUAUCAGGAAACUGAGCACAUGGUACAACAUGCAAAGAGCCCUUUGCUGUGAGCAUCACACCACGCAACAGAACGUUGCUGUUAAGCUUUGUGUUGCACAGAAGAAUGAUACCAGUGCAACGAGCGUACCUUCCGGUUUCCACUUCGGCUCCGGCGAAUCGUUUCGAAUUGUGAGGGUCGGCGCACGGCUUGUGUAUCGUGAACGAUCAAAUUCCGACGCUCUCGAGGCGAUCAAAAGCGAGGCACCCGUAACUGGAUCGUCGCGAUCCGCGCCGAAAAGGUUAGUAAAAUGGCGUCAUAUCAAUGAGCACGACUCCGUCCGUGCUUCCAACACAUCCCCAGUGAUGCCACCUUUCGUCAUCUUUCACUGUAUGUAUGUAGUCUGCUUCUGCGGAAGAGGUUAG